GAAGAACUUGUGAGAUGGUACAGUUUCAGAGAACGAAAAGAUAUCAAUUAUAAUAAAAUUUCAGGCUCGGACAUAGAUCCAUAUCAUCAUCAAGAAUUUGAACGUGAAUUCUUGUCUAACAACCUGGAUCAUUCGGUUGCAUCAUUAAAUAGGCCAAUCAUAACGGAAACAACAUAUAACCUAAUCUCUACGCACAUAAUUUGCGCGUUCAACUCAACGUUACAUUUGGUCAAAAAAUCUGUUAAGGAAAGUUUAUUUGAGAAGAUCAAAAAGGUUCUUAAAACGAGGAACAAAUUGAUUUUAGAUAGAUCGAUAAUUCAGAAAUUUGAGGCAAUUUUUCAAACAGACUAUGCAGAAAUUAGCUCGAAAAUAAUAACAGAAACCAAAGUUGAAAAAAAUAUUAAAGAGAGCGAGGAAUCACAAUUUCUUUUUUUUAUCUGGCACACUCUCCUAGAUUUUAUCGCGAUGUAUAAAUAUAUAUCACCUAAAGUGUUAGCUCGAGAUAUGUCUGAAAGGUCGUAUAUUGUGGAAUGCCUUUCACCCAUACUUCGAUCUUUUAGGAAUGCAUUUCCCGAAAUUAGAUACGAGUGGAUUGAGAAGGAUGUCAAAUCUAUAAGGAAUGCGAGCAAUAUGUUUGCAAUUAACAUAAGGACUCAGAAAACUGAUUUGUUAGUUCUGAGACUAUCAGACGUAACUGAAAUUCUACACGUUGAAGUAUCUGGACCACCUUAUAAACCAGAAAAGAAACAUACAGUCAGAGACGCAAAAAAAUUACUAAUGAUGGCUGUUUGUAAUUUAUGUAGAAUAUUGGCGAAUAAUUUCGAUUAUCCAAUUGAAAUUGCUAAGAAAGUCAAGUCGUAUAGUAUACAAGCAAUUGGGGAUAAAUUGACAUUAUUUAAAUGUUACUUAAUAAAAUUAAAGAAUAGACCAGAAUGA